AUUCAGAGAAAAAAACAUUGUGAGGAUGGUCAAUAUUUCUUGCUGUGAUCCUCAUACGGUCCAAUUAUGAGGAUUUUUAUUCAGAUUUGUACUUUUGUAUUUUAGUUUCGUGGCAAGUCACUUCUGACUUUGCACUUCCUAUUUAGACUUUCUUUGUAAUUAGGUCUUGGAUCCACUGUUAUGAUAACAGGUUUGUUGAUCUCAGUUCUGCAGAGGUUAUAGAUCGAUAAAUGGUUAGAUAGAUAAAAUCCACCUCUUCCCCGCAGCCAUAAAUUUCGUUCAGUCCCUAGGUGAGUCAGAGCAGAGACAGACACGCCUCCCUCCACACAACAAAGUCAACAACAGGGUGAGCAGCCGUCCUGUACCGACUCUUUUGUUAUUACUAUUAUUAUUUUAGUUCAAACACGAUGGAACGGCUACUUCUGUUGCUUCUCUUCUGUCAGGUCUCAUCUUCAGUGAAACACUCCCUGAAGUUUUUCGUAGCUGGAUCCUCUGGAGUCCCAAACUUCCCCAAAGUUAUGGGUGUUGCAUUUGUUGAUGAAAUGAUGAUAGGCUCCUGUGACACCAAAACCAUGAAACUACAACUAAAGCAGAACUGGAUGAGACAACUGCUGAAAAAUAAUCCUCAGCAGUUGCAGUGGUACAAUCAAGAGUGUUUCGAUCAUCAGCCGAGCUUUUUCAAAUCCAGGCUUGAUCAUUUCAAACAACGCUUCAACCAAAGCGAAGGUAUCAGCAUUUUACAGAGAACAAUUGGCUGUGAGUGGGAUGAUGAGACUGGGGAGGUUAAUGGUUUUCUGCAGUAUGGUUAUGAUGGAGAAGACUUCAUAUCUUUGGACAUGAAGACUUUGACAUGGAUCACCCCGAAACAACAGGCUGUCAUCACCAAACUGAGAUGGGACGCUGAGGAAGCUAGAAUAAAACACAAUACGCAUUACAUCACUCAGAUUUUUCCAGAAUACCUGAAGAUGUAUUUGGCCUUUGGCAAGAGCUCUCUGCUGAGAACAGACCUCCCCUCAGUGUCUCUCCUCCAGAGGUCUCCGUCCUCUCCAAUCAGCUGCCACGCGACAGGUUUCUACCCCAACAGAGCCGUCAUGUUCUGGAGGAAAGAUGGAGAAGAGAUUCAUGAGGACGUGGACCUCGGAGAGAUCCUCCCCAACCACGAUGGAUCCUUCCAGAUGAGCGCUGAUCUGGACCUUUCAUCAGUCACACCUGAAGACUGGAGCAGGUACGAGUGUGUGUUUCGUCUCUCUGGUGUGAAGGACGACAUCAUCACCAAACUGGACAAAGCAGCAAUCAGGACUAACUGGGAGAAACCCGCUAACAUGAACAUCUACCUGUAUGCUGCCAUGGUUGCUCUUGCUCUUGUGUUCAUCACUACCACUGGAUUCAUCCUUUACAAGAGAAAGAAAGCUCCUCACAACAGCAAUGAAGUCUGUGAGAAACUGAAUCCAGACACCUGAUUGACUCAGAACAAAUACACAUGUUGCAUUGGGAUUUUGCAGAGGAACUUCUUAAAGAUGCGUUAGGUCAUGGUUAGUGAAUGACAGAGGGCUCAAUAAAUUUAUGAUUCUGCCACUACCUGUAGCACAUGAUGAAAGAUCACAACAUUAUUUAAAGGGAAAAUCAAAAUGAAGAUUCAGUCACUCUACUCAACCUCAAGCUUAUGGAAAGUCGGGUGAAGUUUUGUACUCCACAAAAAACUGCUGGAGUUUCACAAGGUAGAGGUAUUGCUCCUAAACAAUUGAAGCAAAUUGUGACCAGGAUUCAAACGUUGAAAAAAGAUAAAAUGACAAAUUGUCUCCAUAUUGCUGGUCCAAAGUAACC